CGCGGCCGCCGCUUCGGGUCCUCGUCCGCCCCGCCCCGAGAGCCCGGCCUGGCCCGGCCCCGCCGCCCCCGACCCGGGAAAAAUGCUGAGCAUCUUUCUUGUGGGGAUCGGUGACGACUGAGCUGCUGGUGGCGUGCCAAGAGUGGGGACCGUUGUCUUUGCUGUGCUAACUGUACUCAAUCUGAACUGCCAGUAGUCUCCCUUGCCGUUUUGGGGGUUGCACGGGAGAACCCUGAUAGCCCAGGAAGCAGCCCCACGCAAAACAGGAUGUUUGGACGAUGAUGAUGGCAAGGAAGCAAGAUGUCCGCAUUCCCACCUACAACAUCAGUGUGGUGGGCUUGUCCGGGACCGAGAAGGAGAAAGGCCAGUGCGGUAUCGGGAAGUCCUGUCUCUGCAAUCGGUUUGUGCGGCCAAGAGCAGACGACUUCCACUUGGACCACACCUCCGUUCUCAGCACCAGUGACUUUGGAGGACGGGUGGUUAACAAUGACCACUUCCUGUUCUGGGGAGAAGUGGUGCGCUCCCUGGAGGACUGUGUGGAAUGUAAAAUGCACGUUGUGGAACAGACCGAAUUUAUCGACGACCAGACUUUCCAGCCGCACCGCAGCACCGCCCUGCAGCCCUACAUCAAGAGGGCCGCGGCGACCAAACUGGCCUCCGCCGAAAAGCUCAUGUACUUUUGCACCGAUCAGCUUGGCCUGGAGCAGGACUUUGAGCAGAAACAAAUGCCCGACGGGAAGCUGCUGGUGGAUGGCUUUCUUCUCUGCAUCGAUGUCAGCCGGGGCAUGAACAGGAACUUUGACGAGCAGCUCAAGUUUGUCACCAACCUCUACAAUCAACUCACCAAGACCAAGAAGCCCACCGUGGUGGUCCUGACCAAGUGCGACGAAGGCGUGGAGCGGUACAUUCGAGAUGCACACACUUUUGUCUUCAGCAAAAAGAACCUCCAGGUGGUGGAGACCUCGGCCAGAUCCAACGUGAACGUUGACUUGGCCUUCAGCACUUUGGUGCAGCUGAUCGACAAAAGCAGGGGGAAGACUAAAAUUAUCCCGUACUUCGAGGCUUUGAAACAACAGAGCCAACAGAUCGCUGCCGCGAAGGAUAAGUAUGAGUGGCUGGUGAGCCGUAUUGUUAAAAACCACAACGAAACUUGGUCCAACGUCUCGCGAAAGAUGCAAUCCUCUCCGGAAUAUCAGGAUUACGUCUACUUGGAAGGGACUCAGAAAGCAAAGAAACUCUUCCUACAACACAUCUUUCGCCUCAAGCAAGAGCACAUAGAGCGCAGGAAAAAGAUGUACCUGGCUAUGUUGCCUCUUGCCUUUGACGCCCUCAUCCCAAACCUGGAUGAAAUCAACCACUUGAGUUGCAUCAAAGUGGAGAAACUGCUGGAGACCAAGCCGGACUUCCUGAAGUGGUUCGUCGUUCUUGAGGAGACGCCCUGGGAUGCCACCAGCCACAUCGACAACAUGGAGAAUGAUCGCAUCCCAUUCGAUGUGAUGGACACCUUGCCUGCCCAGCAGCUCUACGAGGCCCACCUGGAAAAGCUGAGGAAUGAGAGGAAGAGGGCAGAAAUGAGAAGGGCUUUCAAGGAGAAUUUGGAGACGUCCCCUUUCAUCACCCCGGGAAAACCUUGGGAAGAAGCUCGCAGUUUCAUCAUGAAUGAGGAUUUUUACAUGUGGCUAGAAGAAUCUGUGUACAUGGAUAUUUACGGCCGGCAUCAGAAACAAAUUAUCGAGAAGGCCAAGGAGGACUUCCAGGAACUGCUCCUGGAGUAUUCAGAACUCUUCUAUGAGUUGGAGCUUGAUGCCAAACCCAGCAAAGAAAAAAUGGGGGUCAUCCAGGAUGUCUUGGGGGAAGAGCAGAGAUUUAAAGCGUUGCAAAAGCUGCAGGCUGAACGAGACGCACUGAUCUUGAAACACAUUCACUUUGUCUACCAUCCCACCAAGGACACUUGUCCCAGCUGCCCGGCUUGCGUAGAUGCUAAAAUAGAGCACUUAAUAAGUUCCAGGUUUAUCAGGCCCUCGGAUCGCAAUCAGAAAAACUUGCUUUCUGAUUCCAACAUCGACCGCAUCAACUUAGUCAUUCUUGGGAAAGAUGGACUCGCCCGUGAGCUAGCCAACGAGAUCCGAGCUCUUUGCACAAACGACGACAAGUACGUGAUAGACGGGAAAAUGUACGAGCUCUCCUUGAGACCCAUUGAGGGAAACGUCCGGCUGCCGGUUAAUUCUUUCCAGACGCCCACAUUUCAGCCCCACGGCUGCCUCUGCCUUUAUAACUCUAAGGAGUCCUUGUCUUACGUGGUGGAGAGCAUCGAGAAGAGCAGAGAGUCCACCCUCAGCCGGAGGGACAAUCACCUCGCUCACCUUCCUCUCACCCUAAUUCUGGUGAACAAGAGAGGGGACACUAGCGGAGAAACACUACACAGCUUAAUACAGCAAGGCCAGCAGAUUGCAAGUAAAUUGCAGUGCGUGUUCCUCGACCCGGCUUCCACCGGCAUAGGAUACGGGCGCAACAUCAACGAAAAGCAGAUCAGCCAAGUCCUGAAAGGUUUGCUGGAUUCAAAGCGCAACUUAAACCUGAUGAGCUCAACCGCAAGCCUUAAAGACCUGGCCGACAUCGACCUUCGGAUCGUCAUGUGCUUGUUGUGCGGAGACCCUUUUAACGCCGACGAUAUCCUUCUCCCUGUUCUUCAGUCCCAAACCUGCCGGCCCUCCCCUUCUGGAAGUAGCAAUUCCGUGUUACUGGAAUACCCCAUCGGACCGCACAAGAGGCGCAUUGAGCUCUCCUUGCUGUCCUUCCACUCCGCCUUCAGCAUUCGCAAAAGCUGGCUGGUCCACGGUUACAUUUUGUUUUACUCCGCCAAGCGCAAGGCAUCUCUAGCUAUGUUACGUGCCUUUCUUUGCGAAGUGCAGGACAUCAUCCCCGUGCAGAUUGUGGCGCUCACGGAGGGCUCCAUCGACGUCCUAGACAACGAUCUGAGUCGGGAACAGCUGAUGGAGGGGGAGGAAAUCGCCCAGGACAUCGAAGGGAAAUUCACAAGCAUCCCCUGCAGCCAGCCUCAGCACAAGCUGGAGGUCUUCCACUUGUUCUUCAAGGACGUGGUAGAGAGGAAGAACAUCAUCGAGGCGACCCACAUGUACGACAAUGCCGCGGAAGCCUGCAGCACCACGGAAGAAGUCUUCAACUCUCCCCGGGCCGGCUCCCCUCUCUGCAAUUCUAACCUGCAGGAUUCCGAGGAGGACGUCGAGCCUCCCAGUUACAGCCCCUUCAGGGACGACAGCUCCAUGCCCACCUUGUCCAAAGACCUGUCCAAGCUCUCCAUGGAGCUGGAGGGCAACGAUGGGCUUUCGGUCUUCUCUCUGAUGAGCACUUUUGAAAGCAAACUGAACAACAAAGUACCUCCGCCGGUGAAACCAAAGCCCGCUGUCCAUUUUGAUAUUACCAAGGGGGAUCUCUCUUACUUGGAGCAAGGACACCGCGAGGGACAACGGAAACCUGUCUCCUCCAGCAGCUGGCCACCUACCGAUGGCUUUGACCCUUCGGAUUACGCCGAACCGAUGGACGCCGUGGUCAAACCCAGAAACGAGGAGGAGAAUAUCUACUCGGUGCCUCACGACAGCACCCAAGGCAAAAUCAUCACCAUUCGGAACAUCAACAAAACCCAGUCCAAUGGUAGCGGCAACGGGUCGGACAGCGAAAUGGACACCAGCUCAUUGGAGCGGGGACGCAAGGUGUCGCUGACCACCAAGCCGGUGCUGUAUCGGACCCGAUGCACGAGACUUGGGCGGUUUGCCAGCUUCAGGACCAGUUUCAGUAUAGGGAGUGAUGAUGAGCUGGGGCCCAUCAGGAAGAAAGAGGAAGACCAGACAUCCCAAGGCUAUAAAGGAGAUAAUGCUGUCAUUCCCUACGAGACCACUGAUGAAGACCCCAGGAAAAGAAACAUCUUGCGCAGCUUGAGAAGGACCACCAAGAAACCAAAGCCUAAGCCUCGACCAUCUAUCACAAAGACUACCUGGGAGAGCAACUAUUUUGGGGUGCCUCUGACCACUGUAGUGACCCCAGAGAAGCCCAUUCCCAUUUUUAUUGAGAGAUGCAUCGAAUACAUUGAAGCAACAGGGUUGAGUACCGAAGGGAUCUACCGGGUGAGUGGAAACAAGUCCGAGAUGGAAAGCUUGCAGCGGCAAUUUGACCAAGAUCAUAACCUGGACUUUGCUGAGAAGGACUUCACUGUGAACACUGUGGCUGGAGCCAUGAAGAGCUUCUUCUCCGAGCUGCCAGAUCCUCUGGUACCCUACAACAUGCAGAUUGAGCUGGUGGAGGCCCACAAGAUCAACGACCGAGAGCAGAAGCUGCACGCGCUCAAAGAGGUGCUGAAGAAGUUCCCCAAGGAGAAUUACGAGGUCUUCAAAUAUGUCAUCUCUCACCUGAACAAAGUGAGCCACAACAACCGCACCAACCUGAUGACCAGCGAGAACCUCUCCAUCUGCUUCUGGCCCACCCUGAUGCGGCCCGACUUCAGCACCAUGGACGCCCUGACCGCCACCCGCAUCUACCAGACAAUCAUCGAGCUCUUCAUCCAGCAGGGCUCGUUCUUCUUCUACAGCCGGCCCAUCGCCGAGCCCCCCGGCGCCACCCCCAGCUCCCCCUCGGCCCUGCCCGUCAGCACCCCCUUCCUCCCCUCCACGCCCGUCCUCGCCCAGCCCUCCCCGCCCCAGACGCCGCCCCCCUCGCCCCAGUCCCCACUCCAGUCCCUGCUCCCGCCGCCCCUCCAGGCCGAGCAGCACACACUGUGAACCCAGGCCGGGUCAGGAAGCAAGGCCCCUCCGUUGUGACACGCAGAGGACGAGACGACCCGCCCCGGCGCCUCCGGGCCCGCCCUUCGCCUCCGACGCUCGGCUCCAGACUUCUUGUUGGGCUGAGCCACGGCGGACUGGCGCCUUGGACCCCUCUGGAGCCUGGCUCGGCCUCGGGGCUGGCCUGGGAGGGCACCCUGGGGGUCCCAAGCAGGAGGAGGCGGCUGGAGAGUCCGGAGCCCCCUUUCCACCGGGAUCUCCUCGGACCCGAGCCAGAGAGGCCGGUUUAGCCCGGUUGGGGCGCUGGACCCGCUGCCUCCUCGGCCUCCCUCCGUGCGUGGACAGAGAGGACUGUGAAGCCAGAGGGGGCCUCCUCCCCUCCCUCCCCCUCUCCCCCCCUCCCCAAGCACAUUCCAGGAAGGACGGAGGCCUCUCCUGCAGUGCCGGACAUCUCACCUCAGCCCCGUUCCUUUAGACCCCUUGGCUGCACCCCCAGGACAGCGGCUCAGAAGGAGAGCUGGGCCCACGAAGGCUGCCUGUCACGUCCUCUUGGCCGGAACGUCUCGGACACGGGGGGGGGGGGGGGGAGGAAGAGUGCGGCGCGUUGGUGGCUGGCAGUUUCCUGGGCAGGGCAGCAGGGCCACCUCCCUGGCCGUGUUGUCUCCCUAGGGCAAAUCACGGCAUCUCUCUCACCACCCUCUUCCCCUCCCUCCCUCCCUCCCUCCCUCGCCCUGGAAGGAUAUUGGUGUUAGCACUUAGCGGAGGAGGGGAGGGGAGGAGGGGAGGGGGAGGCACAUGUCCAUUUGCAAAGAAGGUUCGCUGUUUGGUGGCUGGGCCUGGGGUUGGACUCCUUUGGAACACUACGUUGACAGAAACACUGUUGUUCGUUGUGUGCGUGUGUGUGUGUGUGCCUGCUUGGGAGCAAGUGGGCAGAAGCAUUGCUGGCGAAGAGGGAGCAGGGCGAACCUGCAGGCCUCCCUUUCUUUCACCCUCCCCCCACCCCGUCCCCUCCCUGGAAAGGGGGGCAAAACAAGGCGAGUGACGAGGCCGUUUCGCUUGAGCCUCUGGGAGGAGCCGAACCCACCGGGGGGCCCUGGAAGAAAAGGUGGGGGAAGACAGACCAAGGGUUUCCUCCUGGCCACCUUGGCGCAAGUGCCACCCUUGGGGCAGUUCAGGGGUUGCUGCCCCGCCAGGAAGAUGGCGGCCCUGCCCUGGGAGGAGAGAGAGGCUGAGGGUGGGCAACGCUUCAGACCCCUGGGCAGAGCCGGUGAGGCCGGAGGGACAACGCUGAGUUCCUGCCAUGGUGCCCUUUUCCCUGCCACCCCUUGGCACCUCCCCAAGCGGCAGCUGUUCCAUGCGUGGCGGGCCCCUGGGGGAAGGGACUGGCGGUCCAGGGGCAUCUCCUCUCUUGCCCUGGAAGCCUUCAGCGGGUCCUGCCAGCCCUUCCCCCUGGGGGCAUCUCCCUAGCCCGAGGUUGGCACCAAGCCGGUGGGGGGGGGGCUCUGAUUUGGGAGGAGCUGCAGGCGAACCACUCGGGAGGACCCGGUCAGCGUUUCUGUGCCAGGGAUGUGAAGGGGGUUGAUUGUGUAUCAGCAGUGCCUGGUAAACUGUGUGUGUGUGUGUGUGUGUGAGGGCGUGCGAGGGGCAUAGUUGUUCUCAUCAACAGGGCAGUUUUAACUGGAGUUUCCACGGUACCACUGGGGGGGGGGGGGGGCGGGGGAGCGAUCCCUAGGCCAUCCUCGCUAUCUUUUCGCACUUUAAAAUGAAACCUGUGGUCUGUUGCUGUUUUUAAGCCUUUUCAAGGAUACGUGUGUUACAUUCAUUGGGUGGGAGUGAAAUUCCGGUCCUUCUCCCACCCACCCCCCCUCCCCCCCCCGCCCCCCCCCCCCCCCCCAAAGUCUCUUCCACUUCCAUUCUGCUUCCUGGUAUCCAGAGCCCCCCCCCUCCUCCUCCUCCUCUUCCUCCUCUCUUCCACAAUCUCUCUCUCUCUCUCUCUCUCUCUCUCUCUUAUAAAUAAGCUGAAUUAUGUACUCCUUAUUUUAGAACCACAUUUAAAAGUUGUAUCUGUGUCAGAAUCGUGUGCUUUGAAAGCCCCUCUCUGCAAGCAUUCCUCCCUCCUUUUUAUAACUCUCACCGCCUUUUGUGUAAAUAAUGGGAAACGGUUUUGUUUUUGAGAGGACUCUGACAAGGACACCCGGCCCACCUCACCUCCACUCUGCCUGCGCCAGGUGGAAAAAAACAAAACGUGUCAGGAGGCCGAGAAGGCUGGGGAAAAAUCUCCCUUCUGACCACCUGAGCUGCAGCCUUUGGGCUGUGGAUCCCAAUGGGGGGCUGACGUGGGCGGCGGGUGGGGGCUUUCCCCCCUGGGACGGGGCUUCCCUUCGGCACACGUCCAGUGCCGCUGUGCCUUCUUUGCAGGUGUGCUAAAAACAACCACGACCGCCACCCUCCCUGAAUUGCUAUAGCGGCUCUCGAAAUCCGGGCCGGCCGCCUCCCUUCUUCGGCCCUUCGGCCCCUGGCCUCAACACCCAGCCCAGAGCUGGAACGUUGGCAGGAGAGAGGAAGGACCGGAGGCCGCUUGGCCCACGCACAGGUCAGCCUGUGGCCUUAAGAUCACGGGAGGGGGGGGGAGGCGGGCCAGUUUCCCAGGUGUCUGAACCACCAUCGGAGCAUCCCUGCAGGGUGGCAGUUGCUUCGUUCGCCCGUCGCCAUUCCCUCUUCUUGGACCAGUUGGCAUUGCACGGCCCUUGAACUGGGCCAGGUGCCUCCAAACAACCUACCUACCUUUUCAAUUUCCGGGGCCUUUUAAAAAAAAAUAUAUUCUUUUGGCCACACCUGUCUCGCCCAGACAGGUCCUUUCCCCCUAUCCAGAGGACGGGUGGCCAUCAAACAGGGCUGCCGGCUGCCACUGAAACCGUCUUUUCUUGGUCCCUCUUCUGCUGGGCGCUGCUGAGGGCCGGCUUUUCCAUCGCCCUCCCGUCCCCAAGACGGCGGCAGUGCCUGCGCAUUCAGCCGUGCGCCCUGGACAAGUUCCCCUUGCGCUUUUACGGACACGCCCCGCCACCGCGGCCUUGCUCCCUUCGAGCGCACGGCUGGGCUCGGUUCUUUGGCAGCAAGGGGCACCCAGCAGGCGGGUGGGUCUCCAUUCCUUACGAAGGCCCCUCGUUUUUCCCCUUGCCCCGUGGAAAACCAGAAGCGCCUUGAGGCUCUCCAGCUCUGGGUCACCCCCCACCCCUGCCCCCCAAAUGCAGGCUCUCGGGCUGGGCUACGUUUUGAAAGCCUUGUCUCAAAAAAGGAAAGUUCUGAAUCAUUCGCCCUUCGGUGACGUAGCAGUUCAAAGUCUCCCUUCGCUUUUCUUUUAAUUUUCCUAGAAGUGGAUCACUUCUGACUUUGGUUCCCCCCCCCCCUUUUUUUUUUUUUGUUCUUUAACCCCCCGGUGGCUUCCCC